AUGGCAGCUCCCGGCAUCGCAGUCCAAGGCAAAACUGCAACAGAUGCCUACCUGCACUGCGACGUGACCAGCCUCUUCAGCCUCCAAGAUCGCGUGGUAGUCAUCACCGGCGGUGCCAGAGGCAUUGGCUUGACACUGGCAUUUGCGGUGGCCGAGGCUGGCGGUCUAGUCGCGUUGGUUGAUGCAUCGCCCGCGCCGCAUGAGCAUUUUGAGAUUCUCAAGCAGAGAGCUGCCAGAGUCACAUAUUACCAAUCGGAUGUCACCGACUACGAACGUCUGAAGAGCACCUUCGACGCCAUCGUCCAAGACUAUCACCGCAUAGACGGAAUUAUCACCGCGGCGGGCAUCUGCCCUGAUCAGCCGUUCCUGGAUCGGUCUCCGGCAAGUGUCAAGCGGACAUUCGAAAUCAACGUCUUGGGCACCUACUACGCCGUCCAACUGGCGGUGCGGCACAUGACCUCGCAACGACCCCUCGAUUCGAGCUCUCCGACCUCUGUGCAUCCUCCGGCAGCCGGCUCAGUGGUUAUGAUCGCCAGCAUCGCUGCUCACCAAGCCUCCAAGCUCCAGUACACGUCAGACUACUGUGCCUCCAAAGGGGCGGUGCUAGCACUGUGUCGCCAGCUCAGCGUCGAAUUGGCCACCACGGGAGUCCGCGUCAACUGCAUCUCCCCAGGCUAUGUCAUGACUGACAUGACGCUGGACAUCAGCGCCACGAGGCCUGGGUUGGCCGAAGUCUUUGUCUCGGAGCCGCCCAUGAAGCGGAUGGCUGACCGCACGGAACUCAAGGGUGCUGCUGUCUACUUGCUCAGUUCUGCUAGUAGCUAUAUGACGGGCGGUGAGCUGUUGAUCACCGGCGGAAUGCAUGCUGGGAGGAACUGA